GGGCAGUAACCCACUCCCGACCAGCAACCAUGGGUUUAUUGCUCUCGCUCCCGUUAACUGGGGUCCUUGGUUCAGUGGCGACAUCAUGCAUAGCUGGGCUUGCAUUCUGCUUUACUUCGACGGCAGCGUCGAUGUUCUGCAAGUCAUGCAAUUGUAACUCGUCGAUUGCGACUCGUAUUGGCUUCGCUAUCAUAUUCUGUCUGAACUCCAUGCUGGCGUGGUUAAUGAAGACCCCUUUCGCCAUCCACCUGAUUGAGAAAUGGAGUUACGACUAUAUCAAGAUGGAAUGUGAGAAAGACAGGUGCUACGGUGUUCUCGCAGUUCAUAGGUUUUGCUUCGCACUCUCGCUAUUCCAUGGCAUCCUAUCUGUGGCUUUGGUGGGCGUGAAGGAUACACGGGAUAAGAGGGCAGCUAUACAGAACGGCUGGUGGGGUCCCAAAGUCCUACUCUGGCUCGUGCUCGUUGUGAUCUCGUUCUUCAUUCCCAAUGGGUUCUUCAUCGUCUGGGGCAACUAUGUCUCUAUGAUAGGUGCUACGAUCUUUAUCCUGCUCGGUCUAGUCCUGCUUGUCGAUUUCGCCCACUCGUGGUCCGAGACUUGCUUAGAAAACUGGGAGAACUCUGAUUCAAGCCUCUGGCAAUGGAUCUUAAUCGGGUCCAGUUUCGGGAUGUACGCAGCUACCAUCACCCUGACGGCGCUCCUCUUUACUUUCUUUGCCGGGCCGGGCUGCACUUUGAACAGAUUCUUCAUCGCGUUCAACCUGGCUCUCUCCAUAAUCAUCACCAUCUUGUCUAUACAUCCCAUCAUUCAAGAGCAUAAUCCACGUUCUGGGCUAGCGCAAUCCAGCAUGGUUGCUGCGUACUGCACUUACCUUAUCAUGUCCGCGGUUGGAAAUCAUCAGCACGAAUCGUGCAAUCCAUUGCGCAAGGGAACUGCUGCAGGCGCACAAACGACGACGGUCGUUCUGGGUGCUAUAUUCACCUUCGUCGCGAUCGCCUAUUCUACCAGCCGUGCUGCUACACAGAGCCGAGCGCUCGUGGGUAAAAAUAAGCGGGCGAUACAGCUUCCGAUCGACGGUGAUCUGGAAGGGCACUCCGAACUGGGUGUUGUAAGCACUCAGCCUGGUCGGACGGAAUCCCCAAGGUACCAGGCUUUGUUAGCUGCGGUCGAGGCUGGUGCUAUCCCUGCCUCCGCUUUGGAUGAAGAGGAAGUGGAGGAGGAAGUGGAGGAAGUGGUUGGGGAUACCAGGGAUGAUGAGCGCUCAGGUACCCGCUAUAACUACUCCUGGUUCCAUAUCAUAUUCGCGAUUGGAUCGAUGUAUGUGGCGAUGCUUCUGACCGACUGGAAUGUCGUGAAGAACAUCGGUCCGUCGAAUCCCGAUCAGGACGUGUACAUUGGGCGGUCGGAAGUUGCCAUGUGGAUGAGAGUUGUUUCGAGUUGGGUCUGCAUGCUGCUGUACAUAUGGAGUCUGGUGGCGCCCGUCUUAAUGCCUGACCGGUUCGGAGAUGUCUGAGGAUGAUGUGGACCUUUAGUGAUCUAUGUAUAAUAGUGUGGAUAUAGCCAGCUACAUAAACUAGGUUGUACGGAUUGAAAUUUCGAGUCUAUAUCCGGAGAAUGACACGGCAGAUCUC